AUGGAUGUCUUACUGCGAGAAAGUGCUUUUGGCCGAAUUCUCAACUACCUCUCCAACGGCAACCUUUUUCGGGCCCCUGACCACGCAAAAUCGAAAAGUGAAGUGACCACGAGCGAAAGUCCGUCGCCUACAUCUCCAGGUGCUCUUGACUUUAUCCUUGUGGAUUUUAGCGGACCCGAUGAUCCAGACAUUCCCAGGAAUUGGCCAAUGUUGGCGAAGACAGUUGCCAUGAUCGAUGUGAUGUUAUUGAACUUCAGUUUCUACGCGGCAUCAGCAAUCUUCACGCCGAGUAUUCCCUUAUUCGAGAAGGAUUUAGGUGCGACAACUGCCGAAGGAACAUUGGGACUCUCCCUUUUCGUUAUAGCAUAUGGCAUUGGGCCUCUCAUUCUUUCUCCUCUGUCCAACUUACCCUCGAUUGGACGCACUCCGGUAUAUGUUCUCGGCUCUUUUGCAUUUUGCCUGUUUAAUAUAGGGACUGCCCUGGCCAAGAACCUGCAAACCAUACUAGUCCUGCGCUUUUUUGGGGGUCUAGUCGGAAGUGCACCUAUUAGUGUGGGAGGCGCUACACUGAUGGAGGUCUUCAAGCCUAACCAGUGCCCGUAUGCGAUUGCCCUGUACGCGGUCAGUGGAGUCUGCGGGCCGAUUUUAGGGCCGAUACUCGGGACUCUGGUAAUAGAGCGCUGGCAAACAUGGACUGCGACUCUGUGGCUUCUCUCAGGCGUCACAGCCUUUACGACAGUGUUCAUAUUCUUCUUAUUGCCCGAGACAUUGAGCACCAAUAUCCUUCUACGCCGGGCACAAAGACUACGCAGACAGACGGGAGACCCUGCAUAUCAAAGUCAAGCCGAAUUAGAUACACCAGGCGCAUCCCUUGCCGUGCGCAUUGCUAGACAAACAGUGGAUGACUUUAAACUCUCUUGCACGGACCCAGUGAUCCUAUUUGUCAACAUGCAUACAAUGCUCAUCUAUGGCAUACUGUACCUAUGGUUUGAGUUCUUUCCAUUCGUGUUCGAUGGAAUCUACCAUUUCAAUGAUAUUCAACAAGGCCUUGCAUUCUUCGGUAUCCUUGUGGGUGCCGCACUUUCCGUCAUUGUAUACGUCCUAUGGUUAUACUUUUCAUACCAGCCACGGGUCGCAAAUUCGGACAUCAUUGUCGAACCUGAAGCGCGUCUAGUCCCCGGUCAAAUCGGAGCAGUGUGCAUUCCGAUCUGCCUCUUCAUUUUUGCCUGGACAUCUCGAGAGGGCGUACAUUGGAUCGUUCCUAUCAUUGGGACUGCUUUCUUUGCACCAGGCUUCUAUCUCACAUUCCAAUCUGUACUAAAUUACCUCGGAGAGUCCUAUCCAAGAUAUAUAGCAAGUGUGUUUGCUGGGAAUACCUUCUUCCGAAGCUCAUUCGGCGGUGCAUUACCUUUGGCUGCUCCGCAGAUGCUGAAGUCGCUCGGCAUUGGAUGGUCGUCGAGCACGUUGGGCUUUAUUUCUGUUGCAAUGCUUCCCUUACCUUUUAUUCUGGAGCGGUAUGGAAAGCGUCUGCGCUCGUGGAGCAAGUACGCCAACUAG